UUGGCGAAACUGACUGGAGAGAAGAAACCACUUCAUCACCUGAACUUCACACAACCGUAACGAGCUGUACAGACUCCUGGACGUUGACACAAACUAAGCUGAAAAACAAAGAAAACCAAAACAAUUUGUCGAUAAAGCACACUGACUGAAGAUGUGCGCCGCUGUGUAUGUCCUGUCCUCAGUGACGGGCUAUGUGCUCACCUCUGCCCUGCUGCUUAAAUGCCCCACUCUUCUGCACCGGAGGAGGAAAGAGCCUUUCCUUAGCAGGCACAUUUCUCAUCGUGGAGGAGCAGGUGAAAACCUGGAAAACACUAUGGCAGCUUUCAAGCAUGCUGUGGAUCUUGGCACAGACAUGCUGGAGUUGGACUGCCACCUGACGAAAGAUGAACAGGUUGUGGUUUCACAUGAUGCCAACCUGAAAAGGUCCACUGGCAUCAACGCCUACAUCUCCGACGUGGCCUAUGCUGAGCUCCCUCCAUACCUUUGCAAGCUGGGUGUAACCUUUCAGAGGGAAUGUUUCUGCGAGGGGGGAGAUGACAAACGCAUCCCUCUCCUCAGGGACAUCUUUGAUGCAUUUCCUAAUACCCCUGUCAACAUUGACAUCAAGGUCAACAAUAGCACACUCAUCAAGAAGGUCUCCGAGCUGGUCACCAAAUACAACCGAGAGCACCUGACUGUCUGGGGCAACGCCAACAACCAGAUUGUGAAGAGGUGUUACAAAGAGAACCCUCGUAUUCCAGUGUUGUUCAGCUUUCCCAGAGUAUUGCAGCUCCUAGGCCUCUUCUACACCGGUCUUCUCCCCUUUGUUCCCCUCAAGGAGCAGUUCCUGGAGAUCCCAAUGCCCUCUAUUAUUACCAAACUAAAGGAUCCUGACAGUUUAACUAAGAGUCAACGAUUGAUCACCUGGCUUGCAGACAGCUUGCUGAUGAGGAAAGCUCUGUUUGAACAUCUAACUGCUCGGGGAAUACAGGUGUACAUUUGGGUGCUGAAUGACGAGGAGGACUUCCAGAGGGCAUUUGACUUGGGAGCCACAGGAGUUAUGACAGAUUUUCCCACUAGGCUUAAAGACUUCAUGGACCGGAAUGGCAUUUCUAAGCCCCAAUGACCUGCCAAAAUCUACCUCACCCCCACCCCCUCCUCACCCCCCCAACUCAUACACAGACACACACACCCACCCACAGCAGUGAUUAUCCUUCAACCUGACUGACCUGCCAAAUAAGUCCCCCCACACGUCCACUUGUACUGCAUGCAUUCCAGCGAGGCCACUCGCACAGUGUGUUUUACAGUCAGUAGGGAUCACCGUCAAGUUCUGCAGUGAUUUAAGAAACCAGUUGUUGCACUGAUAGCACAAAUCCAUGUAUUUUAAAUGCUAAAAUACUUACAAUGCCCACAAACUGUACUUGCUAUAUGGUAUUAUCUCCUUUCAGUUGUUUUCUUUGUCCCCUUGUUGCACACACAGGCAUUGACAUACACAUACAGCAGUAUGAGAUUUAUAUUUGUAUUCUACAGUUAUUUAAACACAUGUUCCUUCUAAAGUGUAACUGUAACAUGGGACAAAAUGGUGACUGAAAAGUACAGUUUGCAAAUCUUGACUUCUAUGAAUGAGUGCUUUCAAGUUUGCAGUAUAACUGCAUAUUAUGCUAGCAUAAACACCAGCAGAUGCAGCUGUAAUAUUAAUUAACUUUUUUCAUAAAUUGAGACAGUUGUUAAAUUAUAGUUGUUACAUUUCUACAGACGCCACAUGCAGCCAAACAUUUUAUAUGUGUUAUAGUCAACAGGGUGCAGACACA